ACGUUUGUUGCACUGUCAAGUGUCAAACUUGACGUCUUUUUUAAAUUUGUUUUCAGUUAGAACACCGGUGUUUUUUAGAAUGGAAAACAAGGAAAACAUCCCAACAAAAAAAAUCUUGAGGCAAUUGCCCCCUCUUCAUUAUCCCUCCGGUUUAUUCUAUCAAAGAUUGGAAAGAAUUAAAGCCUGCAAGUGCCUCAAAAGCAACGAAUUGCAAGCAAUACAUCAUCUAGUCGAGUCUCAUGUGCCAAGUUUGCGGCUUAAAACCGCCAUACGCUACGAGAAAACUCUAUCUUCAGUCACAGACAAUGUAAAGUUAUUGUCUUUGGACAAGAGUUAUGUCGCCUCGAGUUGCCCGAACACAGAAAUCAAGAAGAACAUCAGUAGUUUACUCAGCAAAAUUGAAGAAAUGCCGCCUGAAUGGACUUUGGUUCAAAUUACACCACAAUUUACUUGCAAAGCGAACGUGGAAAUAGCCGCAGAUGAACAUCACACAAACCCAUUGUACAUUUCUGUGUUCAACUGUGGUCCAAACCAACCCAAACCGUUUUGUGUCAGUAUUAGUGCACCUCAUGACAGUGUCAAGGGGGCUCCUGUUGAACUAGCCAAAGAAAUGCACUCCAUAUUUGCAGACAACAAAGAACUCUUACUGAAAUCAUCCAAACAAAAGCAUUUUGCUAACGUUUCGCAAAAACAUCAUUACUAUUGCCAGAGAAAGUCAAUUGAUGACAGGCUAGAAAUGGUUGUCAGGGACUUGAGUAACUUGUAUUUGAAAGAGUGGAAGUGUUUGUUUAUGGGAAAAUACAUCAACAGUGAUUUAGAAAACAGAAUACGGAAACGAAUUGAAGAUUUUUUUAGAACAGAAUUUCCGUGGCUUAAAUUGGAUGAGAAAACCAAAGUUAUUGUGCAGUAUUUAAUAAAGAGUUAUUAUUAUUUAAAAAUGACUGAAUUACGGAGCGCUUUACAAUUCCUUUUCCCGGAAAAAAAUGUACAAAGAAGUGUUGGCCAGUUCAUUAGGGACUUGUUGGAGGAAUUUAAGCUUUUCCAAGAGAAACGGCACCCUUUAAUUUUAAUUAUUGAUGAUAGCCUAGACAUUUACCCUUGGGAAAUGAUGGAAAUCUUAUCAGAAACGACAGUUUCGAGACUACCAUCCCUACAUUUGGCUUAUGCCUUAUAUCAAGAGCACAAAGACAGUAUGGAGGGUGGUUUUAAAAUUUUAAAAAAUCCACAAAGUGGCACAUAUCUCAUUAACCCAGACUUAGACUUGGUUAAUAUGCAAAAUCGGAUAGAAAGUUUCUGUGAUUAUUGGUUACCCACAUGGGAGGGGAUUACCGGUGCGAGGCCGACGAGUGAACAGUUUGUAAAACUGCUCUUAUCAGGAGACGUUUUCUCUUAUAACGGACAUGGGAGCGGUUCGCAUUUUUUCUCCGCAACUAACGUUGAGAAGAUUCGGAUAAAUGCUGUUGUUGUCUUGUUCGGUUGUGGCAGCACACGCUUGACGAGGCUAGGGCCCCAAAGUGAAAUGGCCACGGCCUCUCAUGUGUAUUUAAUUGCUUGCAGCCCUUGUACUGUGGGAAUGCUAUGGGAGGUCACAGAUCUGGACACUGAUAUUUUGGCGACUGAAUUUUUGAGUUACUGGAUACCGUGUUCAAAAGUCCAUUGGAAACACCUGGAUAAGGCGAAAUGGAAGAAAGGCGAAAAAGUAAAUUUUUCAAAACAACACUUUGAUCCGCCACCCACUUGCCACACUCACGAGCCAGAGUUGUUGAAAGCCCUAAGUGCCGUAAAAAAAUCAUCAGAGAUAAACUUCUACGCAACCCGAGCGGCAUGUGUGGCACGGGGAAUCCCCGUUAAAAUAGCCACAAAUUAAUUUUUUUAACAUGUUUUAUUAUUCAAGUGUAACUAAAAACAACAACCACUAUAUAUAGUUUGCUCGACCUCACUUAUUUUUUCCUAGUUCAGAUUUCAUUCGUUUUAAAAGCGAGGGCAUGUAUGCAAUUUGUUUAUCAACACAGUUUUUGGCACACGUUUCAAACAGCGCUGUAUAUUUACUAACCUAAAAAACGUAAUAUAUUUUUGCAAGUUUGGCAAA